AUGCACUGUUCUCAAUUCUUUAGCAUCGUAGCUACAGCUACUGUGGCAGGGGCACUCCUGCUUCAGGUUGAUACUGGAAGUCCUGGCCAUGAGUUAAGCCCUUUGCUCCACGGUCUUAUGUUUGAGGAUAUCAGCAACAGUGGUGACGGAGGUCUCUAUUCACAGCAACUACGAAAUAACGCAUUUCAAGGCGGUGUGACUACCCUCGACCCCUGGACAGUUCAUUAUGGCGCGGCGGAAAUCUCCCAUGAUGCCCAAACACCACUGACUGACGCCAUUACUUCAUCCCUCAAAAUCACAAUCCCCACCGGCGCUGGUGGAUUCACUGGCGUUGCGAACCCUGGCUACAGAGGCAUCAUCGUGAACGGCGGAUACUACAACACCACUUUCUGGCUUCGUGGUGAUUUUCAGGGCAAUGUCAAGAUCCGUCUUCUAAGCAAUGAGACUGAUGUCGAACAUGGCUGGGCUAUCAUUCCCGUCGACUCCAAGGCCGAUUCAUGGACGCGAUAUGAAGCCGGAUUCUGGACGACAGCCGCCGCCGAUGGGAACAAUCUCUGGGUUUUCGAGAUCUUGGCCGAGACUCUGACUAGCGGAAGUAUCAAUCUUGGUUACCCGACCUUGUUUCCUCCUACUUUCAAAGGUAGAGAGAACGGCUUGACAGUCGAUCUAUCCGAAGCCCUUGUAGAUCUCAAACCCCAGUUUCUGAGAUUCCCUGGGGGUAACAAUCUUGAGGGAGGCGGCCCGCAUGACCGCUGGAAAUGGAAUGAAACAAUAGGUUCUCUUGAAUCUCGACCAGGACGUUGGGGGACUUGGGGAUAUGCCAACACUGACGGCCUUGGCCUCAUGGAAUACUUGCAGUGGUGUGAGGACAUGUCCUUGGAGCCUAUCCUGGACGUAUGGGCCGGUCUCGGACUUGCGGGACUCCCACCAUUAGUAGGAGAUGAGCUUGAGCCGUAUGUUGAAGACGCAAUCCGUGAGAUUGAGUUCGUCAUUGGUGACAUCAAAACGUCAGGUGGGGCACUUCGCGCGUCUCUGGGACACCCAGAGCCGUACCAGCUCAACUUCGUCGAGGUUGGGAACGAGGACAACCUCGCCGGCGGCUGUGAGUCUUAUAAGCAGCGCUUUGUGCAAUUUUUCGAUGCUAUCAAGGAAGCAUAUCCGCAAAUAACUGUCCUUACCUCUACGUCUGACCGAGCCUGUCUGCCGGACCCAAUCCCCGAAGGCGCAUGGCUUGACUUCCACGACUACAAUGUGCCGGACAAUUACAUCAACGCAUAUGACUUUUAUGACGACUGGGAUCGCGCUCAUCCCGUGUUCAUCGGUGAAUACGCCAGGUGGGGCGUCAAAUGGUCCGACAUGCGAGGCGCCUGCUCCGAGGCAGUCUAUAUGAUGGGUUGGGAGCGUAACGCGGAUGUGAUCAAACUAGCUGCCUACGCACCUACACUACAGAAUUACGACCCUGUCAACGGCCAAUGGACGCCCAACCUCAUUCCCUUUACUAACAAACCCGAUGGCAUCGUUUAUACUCCAUCUUAUCACGUCAAAAGGAUGUUUGCCAAUAACCAUGGCGAUGUUGUUGUCCCCGUUACAGCUGAUGCAGAGCUCAACCCUGUCUGGUGGGCAGCAAGCAUUAAAGGAGAGGGCCAAGUGAUCGUAAAACUCGCCAACUAUGCUUCCAACUCGACCGAGAUUCGCAUACAAAUCCCUGGCAAGGCUGACGUUAAGGGAUCGUUUACCUCAAUCACUGCCAGCCCUGAUGAUGCUAACUCGGUCGAAAAUCCCACGCUCGUUUCCGCGCCCGCUGUGCUGGAAGUUUCUGGAGACCCUGAUGGUGUUUUUACCAUCGAACUAGGGCAGUUCGGCGUUGGUGUUCUCGCAGCCUGA